AUGGAUCUGUAUGAUGAACUACCCCAGAGUGAGCUGCUGCAUUUCGAGGAGUUUACAGCCUUGUUAGAAGCGAGCCGGCAACAUCAGGUCUCGGUGUUGGAGUUCCUAACAGUGGGCGCCAGGGAACUCGCAAGACUUUUGCAGCGUUCAAUCAACGAAGUUAUAAAGUUUCAGGGCUUGCUCUCAGCAGAUUUUGAGAAGCAAUUACUAGCCUCACGGCCGAAAUUGGUUAAGCAAUGCAGAGAACCGAAGCCAUUCUCAUCCGCAGAUGUGGGAAUAGAUCGAGUCCUGGGUGGAGGUAUUUAUACUCAUGGAAUAACCGAAAUAUACGGAGAAAGUUCUACGGGGAAGUCUCAAUUGCUCCUGCAGCUCUCUCUUGCUGUUCAACUGCCGUGUGCUAUGGGAGGGCUGGAAGGCAAAUGCGUUUAUAUAACGACUGAGGGUGAUCUUCCGACUCAGAGGUUGCAAGAUAUGAUUGCGUCGAGGCAGGAGUUCAAGGAGAACGGUGUCACUCAGGAUAAUAUCUUUACCGUAAGUUGCAAUGACUUAAUUUCUCAAGAGCAUAUCCUUGAUGUUCAGCUACCAAUACUGCUUGAGCAGAAUAAAGACACUAUAAAACUCAUCAUCAUUGAUUCAAUUUCGCAUCAUAUUCGGGUAGAAUUACGGAGCAACUCUUUCAGGGAGUCACAAGAUAAUAAGUUUUACAUUGAUCGGCUAGCUGAAAGGCUACUGGAGAUGGCUAAUAAACAUUCUCUGGCCAUCGUAGUUGCAAAUCAGGUGGGCGACAAGCCGUUGCCCGAUCGUGCGUCUUUAGCUCCACAGCAAGUAGAGGAUUACGAGUACCAGGUUGGCUGGAUGGUUGGUUGGAAAGAUUCAACCAUCCUGUUUCGUCAGAAAUUCAACGACCCCCGUACAGGGUUUUCUACUAGUGCCGUAGCCAACAAUCAUUUCGAUAAUAUCCUGUCGGAUGAUGAGGAUGCACAUCUUAUUGAGCAUGAGUGGAAUAAGGUCUUGAGUUCAAUAAAGAACGGAAAUGAUGCGCAAGAUCAAGCCCACAAAAGAAAGCUGCCGGAUAAUGCAAUUAACAAGGAGCCGCCGAAAGAAACUAAUCGCUUCAAAAGACGAAAACGAAAAAUCGAUCAGCAUGUUCCUAAUCUGGGGUUAACCUGGGCUAAUCAUAUCUCGACGCGCAUUCUUCUGCGUAAAGUCUAUAAAGCCUCGCAACUCAUCAAACGUGGAGAGUUGCAUCUCUACAAAGGUAGUGAUCCGUCAGCUUUUUGGCAAGUACGAAGAACGAUUAAGGUCGUUUUCUCUGCUUAUGCAGAACAGGAUCAAACAUCAUUCGCUAUUAGCAGAAGAGGUGUAGAGACGUUAACGGCUUGA